CAUCUUUUGGUUUCUUAGAAACUUCUAGUCGACAGGGUCUUAGUGAAUUUCAUUUUAAUUUUCAGUAUGAGUGAAAGAAUGGCAAUUUGUAAAAAGAAAAGGCGCCAAUCGCACAAGUCCUCAUUAAUCGCCCGCUGGAUCGUUGCCAUGACAACCGUGCUGGAGAAGCCGUCCCUGGCAUUCACCAUCUUCCUCAUCGGCGUCAUCGUAUCCAUCGGUGCCGUCUUCGAGGUCCUAUUCUUCCAUAACUAUUGCCUCGGUUUUCCGGUUCAGAAAUAUGACGGUGACGGUAGAUAUUUGUUUUUGGCGGAGGUGCUGGCAGCUGUUUGGUUGGACAUCUACGUGGUUUAUGCGAUCAAGAAAAUGUUGAGAGCCUUGAAAAAAGAUUUGUCCAGAGAAUUCGUCAAGCAGGAAGAAGACGGAAACGAAACCAACCAAGAUGGCGGCGGUGUUGACGAGCAAGCCCAUGAUGAGGUCAAGAAUUUGAAGAAUAUUCUAGAACUCGAUGUUCUCAUUCGGCGUUAUGCCUGGCAGAUGCUUCUCAAGCGCCAAGACUUACUCAGCAGACAGUUUCUGGAAGUUGAGGAUGAGGUCUACACAUGUCAGGUGGACUGGACAGCACUGACCUUCGAGCACAAGGUCAUCAAGUUUUCUCCCAAUGUCAAGGACGGAACAGUGAUUGAAUCUCAGAGGGGAGAAAUGCAAACAGGAUCAAAAUGGGUCACGCUCUGGUCAUGUGACUUCGACAACAAAGCCGAAUGUAAACAAAGUCACGCUUUCAGCGGAGCACGCGAUACGAUAACAUGGGUGGACGUGGACCUAGAACAAUGUUACACGGUCAACAAAGAGCCGUGUGUCCAAUUAAACCUCCCCCAAAAUGCUCGAAUCGGCAAAGAGAAUACCCUCGUAUUAAACAAGGUCAAAGGUCAGGUGCAUAAAGAGGUUCUCACGUGGGAGGUCAAGUCACAGGUUGAAGUUGAGCCAUCGUCUCGAGCCCACGCUCAGCUGUUGGUGAGACAAGAGUGCUCUGCAUUCGACUUUGAGAUUCGAACCACUUUGUCCAACCCUAAAGGAGUUGUCCCUAUUAGAUUUGUCAGACAGCGAGACAAGAAAGUGGUCUGUGCUUUAAACAUCAAGAACUUGGCUGACGUUUUUCUGCUGGCUGAAGAGGGCGGAGUUCUAAAACCAGAAGAAAAGGCCUGUGUGGAGUUGGUAGUGGAGAAGUGGCUGGACAAAGAUGGCGUGGAGCACUCGACCUCCCACCCCCAGAUCAUCACCCGGGGCACCUGUGUCUGUCUCAGCUGGACUGACCAGAGAGUGGACAUCAAGACCAGUCAAAUCUCACUCGACGACUACAUAUCUGAUGGUGACGUCAGCGACAACAAAUCGGCCGGCAACCUGAUGAACCAAGACGCGAAUGGCGGAUCAUAUUUCAGCUAGUGGCGAAACUAAAUGAACUCAUAACCUAACCUUACCACUAACUACAGCCCUGUGUGUAACCUAAUGAAGCCCAAGCCUUAAGAGCAAAUCAGGUUAAUCACGCGUAACGAAGGUGCGAGCAAGGCUUAUCAACCGGAGCCAUUCUAUUUUUUUUUAAAUCAGUAUCUCAGUGACUUUCAACUAUUCUAAAGUUUAAAAAUUAUUUUUAAAAUCUGUUUUUUACAUUUCUAUAAUAAGAAUGUUGAAUAAAAACUUAUUUACCAAU